ACAUGACGUGACUGUGAUCGCCAAUGUGAUUGGUUUUGGUUUGUUUCUUUGAUUAAAAAAAAGUAAUAUUAAAUAUUAAAUUUUCAUUAGUGUUUUUACAACGUACAUAUACAUAGUGUUUUUUUUUCGAACACUUUACAAAAUGUUAACCAUCCUCAGAUGUUCAGUUAAGCGAUCACUGGGAAGAGCUUUUUCCAGUACUUCGGCAGCUAAGGAAAAUUUAGAUCCAUUACAGGAAGCAUCAUUAAAAGAAACCUGUUUUUUAGUAGAUGAAAAUGAUAAGAUCAUUGGAAGGGGCACUAAAAUGGAAUGCCAUAGGGUGCAAAAAAGUGGCGAAAUUCCUUUACAUAGAGCUUUUAGUGUAUUUUUAUUCAAUAAGAAAGGAGAUUUACUUUUACAAAAGAGAUCGUCUAAUAAAAUUAGCUAUCCGAAUUGUUACACAAAUUCCUGCUGCAGUCAUCCAAUAGCAGAUUUCGCAGGAGAGGAAGAAGGUACUUUAGGUAUAAAAAAGGCGGCAAGGCGUAGACUAAAUUACGAACUUGGCAUACCAACAGAUAGUGUACCUUUAGAAAAUCUCGAAUAUAUCACAAGAAUACAUUAUAAAGAUGAAGGCAACGGAAAAUGGGGCGAACAUGAGAUUGAUUACAUUUUGUUUUUGAAAGCGGAUGUCAAAAUUAAACCCAAUGCGAAUGAAAUAUCUGAAAUUAGUUACGUACCAAGAACUGAAUUAGACGAGUACAUUCCUACAUUGAAUGGACCUUUAACUCCUUGGUUUCAAUUGAUUUUAAAGAACAGAUUGCGAUUUUGGUGGGACAACUUAGACAAUAUUGAUGAGAUUAAAGAGCACGAUAGUAUAUUGAAAUUAAAAUUUUAGGAUUUAUUAUAUUUUAAAUGUGUGUUAUAUGUUUUAAACAAUGUAUUAAGCAUAAUGUGUUUGUUACCUUUAAAGUGAAUUUUUCAAUUAAAAAAAUAGAUAUUUUAUUAAAAGCAAAUAAAUUACUUUUUUCAGUUUA